AUGCCCACGGUUUUCGCGACGGACAACUGCAUGUCGCUCCCGGAGAAGACGCUCCGCUUCAGCAACCGCGGCGCGCUCGCGGGCCUCGACGACAUCACCGUCAAGAUCUACGGCACGUCCGCGGGCCUCGACGACGUCACCUUCGACGGGCGCUCGAGCGUGCCCUCGCACGUCACGUGCACCGUCAAGAUCACGGAGGCGGCGACGUGCGACGUCGACGUCACGCUCACGGCCAUCGACACCUACGCGCUCACGAGCCAGGCGCGCGGCCAGUCCGACGAGACGCACGCCGCCCAGCCCGUGCACACCAUGUACGGCGCCAUCGAGGACAACGUCCACGAGACGACCUUCGCCGCGAGCGAGGACGGCGUCUACUACAAGUUCGACGCGGGCGUCGACCGGGCACGCCGUUUCUGGGGCCACCUGACGAUCGUCGCGGUGGAACGCGGCUACGUCGUUUUGGACACGGGGACGAACAUCUACAUGGUCAAGGUCAAGGAGGUCAUGGAGCUCCGCAUCGACCUGCACAUCAACCUCAACACGUUCAGCGUGAUGCUUCGGAUCGACGGCGCAAGUCUCGGCUCCGCCGUGUCGGCGUCGCACGCCGUGAACGACGCGUCGCCGGGCUUCGGCGCGGCGGACGCGGCGUGGGAAGGCGCGUCGGCGCCGGAGCUCUUCGCGCUCGAGGCGGCGGCCGCGGACGCGUCGUCGUCGCGACGCGCGUUCUCGUCGCCGCGGCCGCACGCGGCGCGCGCCGUCGUCGACGCGAAGCGACCGCGCGCCCUCGCGAUGGACGACGCCGCGGGACGGGACGCCAAGCGCUGCUUCGUCGAGGACGACUCGGCGACCAUGGACGUGACGAUUUCGGAGGAGGAGAAGCUCGAGCUUCGACGGGAUGAAUGGAUCGCGGCGGACGAUCACCUCGCGGACGUGGAAAAGCGGCUCGCGGCGGCGUGGGAGCGCGGGACGGCGGCCACGGUCGAGGACUGCGUCGCGCUGGCGGACGCGCAGUCGGCCGUGGACGCGGCGCUGGACCGCUUUUCCGCGCAAAAACGCGUGCUGAAGCCGACGCUCUUGAGCGACGCGUUGGUCGCGUCCGUCAAGAAGUCGGACGCGCUCCUGGCGCGCAAAAAGGACCGCUCCCACUGCCGGCCCGAGGGCCUGGCGGUGUACGAGCGCCACCUCGCGGAGGACCGCCUCAAGAAGGCGUACAAGGGCGGCGCGUCGGUCCACGUGCUCCGCGAGCUCGAGCGAUCCGUCGAGGACGCCCACGCGCGCGAGCGCCAGCUGAAUCCCGACCGCAUCUACUGCCCCUGCGGCUCCAUGGUCUGGCUCCAGGGCGACGCGAACGCCUGCAGCCGGUGCCUCAAGGGGCAACCGGCGCUAAAGCCGUCGGAGAAGCGCGCGAUGCAGGGCUUGUCAUCGCGCGCGAGGAAGCGCGCGAAGGCCGACGCGUUGAAGCAGGCGGCGAAGCGGACGGAGGAGCGCCGGGAGAUCUUCCCGGCGGAGCGCGCGAAGGCUGACGCCGCGAAGCGCGAGAAGGCCGACGCGGCGAAGCGCGAGAAGGCCGACGCGGCGAAGCGCGAGAAGCCCGGUCGCGGCGCGCCGGGGAGGUCGCGGGCGCCGCGGAAGUGCAGGACGUGCGGCAGGCCCUUGAGGGGCCACCCGCGGGGGUCCUGCCCGUACCCCCCGCUGGCGCGGUAA